AUGAAGUUACUUCAUACCUGUGCCGAGGAAUCUUCGGUGCAUGGUUUGCAUCAUUUAGUUGCGAAAAAUCGACAUUGGCUGGAGAGAUUGUUUUGGACGGUGAUUAUUAUUUGUUCGCUUUACUCCUCCUAUGCCAUUUGCCUAACCACGUGGGAAAGGUACCAGAAGCACCCGAUCGUACUAACUCUGCAAACUGAUUACCGCAAUUGGAUCUAUCGGCCACCGGCAGUGACGAUCUGCCCUUCAUAUAUCAAUGAACUUCAAUCGAAAGAAAUGAUUCAUAGGUUGUGGAACAUUACAGAAAUACAUGCGAAGUUCAAUUAUUACAAUCAGUAUUUACACACCAUUGCAAACGCCACAUAUAACAAUUUAGUUUCUUUUGUACCAUUUGAAGGCGAUGCAAGUCUAGAUAAUGUAGAUAUGCUGGAAGCCGCUUGGACCGUGAGACGUUUGGAAUUUUUACCAUCGUCAUACUUUCAACCUGUUAUUACGGAAAUGGGAAUGUGCUUUAGCUCAUCAAAUUUUUCAUAUUUACAAAAUGCUAGCAGCACAGUGAAUUAUAGAAACAGAACAUGGCCGAAUAGUUGUUCUUCGUUUGAUUACUGCAAAUCGACGGUAGUUGUAAGCGCAUAUGGCAAAGCACGAAUAAAUCUGUAUGUUCACACAGAAGAUGAAGUAAUGACAGCUACUGAUACUAUUAGUAGUGAAAUGGGAGGUAAUGAACAAGUGAAGAUAGCGUUAUGGGUAGAUCAAAUAGUUGCUUCCAGUAAUCUAAAGCACAUCUCUCCAGUACGCCGCAAAUGUAUCUAUCAGCAUGAAACUUCGUCGAAUUUUAGGGUACAUACACCUCAAUUGUGUAAAAUCGAUUGCCGGAUAAAGAAAGCGCUAAAAAUAUGUAAUUGCAUUCCCUUUUUCUAUAAUAUUGCCCAUCUAGUCAAAUGUAACGCGUCUGGAAUGGUUUGUUUAUCUAGAAAAUUUCAUAACUGGUAUGAUGCCAGCUGUCCUUGCAUGGAACAAUGUGAAUCCACAAAGUUCACUCAACUAUCGAUUAGCAUUCUGAAAAUUUUGCAACUAAACAAUCAAUUAUCGGUGGAGAUGUUUUUCCCAAAAAGACGUAUAAAACGAAGUGUUCUUUUCAAUUUGAGUGACCUUGUAGUAUCGUUUGGUGGUGCAGCCGCUUUAUUUCUUGGAAGCAGUUUUCUCAGUGCUGUGGAAUUUUUAUACUUUUUCCUUGAAUAUAUAGGCAUCACUAUUGGUCAGUUUUUAAGUAAACAUUAAUUAUAUGAUUCAUUUCGCUAACAGAAACUUUGGUUAGCUGUUGGGAAAUAAAUUUUUAGAUUCAUUUCCCUUCUUUACACCAUGCAUAGCAUCGGCAUUUUUUACCCAAUCAUUCUUAACAACUCAUAACACCAUAAUCAGAAGUUUGAUCCGAAUAAAAUUUAUUCGAUUUAUAUAGAAGUUAAACCAAAGAACUUUUAUCGCUUGCUUUUGGGACCUUCGCCACUCAAUAUCGGAAAUCAAUGUGACACCGAUUGUUAAUCAAUCAUCAAGGUAUAAGAAUCGAAGCUUUUGGAGGUAAAUUUGAAUUUUCUUUUUUAUUCUUCGAUUGUAUAUGUCUUCACCAUAAGUUCAUUCGUCUUCUGGAUCACAAAAAAUUUCUUACUUUAUGGGUUGGGAACUGGAGCCAAUUUGUUCUGAUUAUUGGAGCCAUUACCCAUGUUUUUGUUUUUUGCCUUUCUCAUAUAGGAAGGUUAUGCAAUCACUGUGAAAACCGACUUUUGAACCGAGGUCCGGAGGGUACUAUUCGUCAUAUACCAUUCGACUCAGUUCGUUGAGUACGCAAAAUGUAUGUGUGUAUGUGACGUAUUUUUGUACUAACUUUUCUCGGAGAUGGCUGAACCGAUUUCCACAAACCUAUAUUCAAAUGAAAGGUCUUGUGGUCCCAUACAAAAUUCCCGAAUAUUAUUUUGAUCCGACUUCCGGUUCCAGAAUUAUGGGGUAAAAAGUGCAAAAAAUUGUGAAAAUAAGUGCACCAACUUUUUUCGGAGAUUGUUGAACCGAUUUUCACAAACUUAUGUUCAAAUGAAAGGUCUUGUGGUCCCAUACUAAAUUCCUGAGUUUCAUUUUAAUCUGACUUCUGGUUUCGGAGUUAUGGAGUAAAAUGUGCAUAAAAAAUGAAAAUAUGUUUUCCAGAUUUUCUCAUAGAUGGCGCGACCGAUUUUCACAAACUUAGGUUCAAAUGAAAAGUCCUGUGGUCCUAUAUGGAAUUCUUAAAAUUCAUCCAAAUCCGACUUCCGGAUCCGGAAAUGUAGGGUAAAGUGUGUUACAAAUUUUAUACCAUCACUGAAAAGGGCGAAAAAUCGUAAAACAUUUUCAAAAUCGACAUCAAAUCUUCUCCUGGUGGAUUAAAACAGGGUUUUUUCUUCAAACCGAUCACAUACGUUGACUCGUAACUUUGGAAUUGGACAUUGGAUCCAAUGUGAACGAAUUAUUACAAACCUCAAAGGCAGAGCAAACUUUCAUUUGAACAUAUAGUUGUGAAAAUUGUGUGUGAUGACCGAUGUGAGUUGAAUUUAUAACGCUGAAGAUCGCUGCUUAUAACACUGAAGAUGAUUGAUGAUGAAAAAGAUCAAUGCGCUAUAAUGAAUCAUACCGAAGGUCGGUGGCCCGAAAGACAAUAGCUUCAGGCGAGCACUUCAGUUAUUUUACCAUAUUGAAGUACUCGUACUGUCAGAGCUACAACGAUAAUGAGGAAGAGAUCAGAGAAUAAGCGUUGGUUCUGGAGAAUUUCUAUGGUUAGGAAUUCUUUGUCUGUGUAGUCUAGAUCCACCAACGAGGACUAGACGAGUAUAUCGCGACAUAGCACAAGCUAGGAUCGUUGAGGCGCCAAUGAAGCGGAGCCAUCCUUCAAUCACGAAUAUACCUGUAUCGGGAGAAUUCACACCGCAAGGAAGAUCUCCGUUACUGUGGGCUAGAUCAUCGGUCGGGAACAAAUUGAGAAGUUUCCAUAGAACCUGUUUUGAGUCGUAUAGGUGCUAGCGAACCGGAAGCCAUGUUCGACGUACCUAUUAGGAUCGUCGGAGCGCCAGUGAACAGGAAGCCAUACUUUUCCGGAAAUCACUUAACUGGCCUCGGUAUCUCUCUGGACGAUGAUGUGUUUCGGAAGCACCGGUUUCGGGAGAAGCAUCAUCAGGCAUUUCUCCGUUGGUGUAGACUUAAUCCGAAACUUGAGUAUGUAGUCAUACUUAAAUCUUGGGUCUUCGAGACGCCAGCGAACCGAAAGCCAUGCUCAACUAUCAGAGAUAUAUAUACAACUAGGAAUCACUGGACCAACCUCCGCACCUAACUGGUCAAUCUCUCGAAGAAAUGCGAAACCUAUAAUUAAAGAAAAAGUACAUGUACAUAUCCCCGGGUCUUACACACCAGUAGUCGUAGGUUUGAGUCUUGACCUGAAAAGAUUCUUAGAGUUCUUAAACUCGUAGCACUAGCCAUGUAAUGGAUCUGUACGCUAAGCAAAGGUUGCGAAGUUUGUUGAAACAAAUGGUCGAAUAUCACAAAAGUAAUAACAAUGUAAUGCAAAAACUUUGCUUGCAUGUGCGUAGUUUCUUCGAAGUAUAUUUUCACUUUCGAAUAAAAUCACGCUGGUCGAAUCGUCAUAAUUCACCUGUACAUUAAGAAUCGGUUGCUGAAACUGAAGAUUGAAUCACAUAUCGUAUAUAGGACCAAGAUUGAGCAUUUACUGUUAAAAUGGAAGGGAUGAAUGGUUUUCAGAUAGUGUUUUAGUUCAUUGAGCUUUUAAGUUUUUGAUAUUUUUUCA